CGAAGGGGUACGACAGAUUUCCCAGAAUGCCUUGCAAGACCGGCAAGAUGGCUGCUUCCACAACUAAAGAAGUGCACAAAUGGACUCCAGAAGAGACCCGACGCCUCAUAAAAUUCAGGGCUGAAAAUGAGCAGCGUUUUCUCAAAUCCAAAGCUGCUGCCAAACAACUUUGGGAGACGUUGAUCAAAGAGCUUGGGCUUGAGGGUAAAAUCACCUGCCAACAGGCAUCGAAAAAAUGGGAAAAUCUUAAAAAGAAAUAUAAGGAGCUGAGAACCCCCAAGACGGGUUCAGGAACUGAUGCCGGGGAAACCACAGCAUCUACCUGGCAGUUUUUCGAGGACAUGCAUGAGGUGCUGGGAGCCAGGCCAUCCAUGGACCCUCCCGUUGUGGUUGCCUCAUAUGAUGAUCCUGUCACACUGCUUAUGGAGAUCAUCGAACCCUCUCCUUCCACCUCAGCCACAGCUUCUUCUGAGGCAGCCACAUCUGAUGCCCCUACCACUGCUGCUGCUACUGUGGACAUGCCCCCAACCCCUUCACCCAAAAAAAAGAAGAGGAAGCUAAACCACAUCGUGGAUUUUCUGGCACAGGAGAGUGAGAAGGAGCAGAAGAGACACGAGGAAAGUGAGAAGAAAACAGAGCGUUUUUUAAGCCUGUUUGAGAAACUCAUUGACAAAAUUUGACAGUUUCUUUUGUGCAAUAUGGCCCCUUAUCACACUAGUUCCUGUGUGUAUGUUUGCACUGUUCGAUGUUUACAUCUGAAAAGUUGUUCUCAGGACCAAUUUAAGAAAUAAUUUGCUGUGCUGUCCUGUGUGUGUGUAUUCUAAUGUCUACCUCAAAGGCACAGCUGGCUGUUGUUUUUUGUUUUAAUAUAGUUUUUAAAUGUUUUUAAGACAAGUUCAUAAAUGCAUCUGAAUGUGAUGCCAUUUACCAAAUAAAGUGCAAUAUUGUUUUCUACU